AUGGGACAAGGACCUUCGGGCAUGCCACCAGGCGGCGGCAAAGACAAAGAUAAAAAGAAACAGAAGCCAAAGUAUGAGCCACCGGUUCAAUCGAAGUUUGGCCGUAAGAAGCGGAAGGGACCAAGUGCUUCAGCUAAGCUUCCUAACGUGCAUCCCUCCACUAGAUGUAAGCUGAAAUUGUUGAAGAUGGAGAGAAUAAAGGACCAUUUGUUGUUGGAGGAGGAGUUUGUUACAAAUUCUGAAACCUUGCAACCCACAGAACAAAAGCAAGCGGAAGAGAGAGAAAAGGUAGAUGAAAUUAGAGGUACUCCAAUGUCGGCCGGAACCUUGGAAGAAAUUAUAGAUGAUGACCAUGCAAUUGUGUCCUCAUCAUCGGGACCUGAAUAUUACGUGUCAAUUCUCUCAUUUGUGGAUAAAGAAUUGUUGGAACCAGGAUGUUCUGUUCUAUUACACCACAAAACUGUGUCCAUAGUAGGAGUGUUACAAGAUGACGAUGAUCCAAUGGUCAGUGUAAUGAAGUUAGAUAAAUCUCCCACAGAAUCGUAUGCAGAUAUUGGAGGAUUGGAGUCACAGAUUCAAGAAAUCAAAGAGGCAGUCGAGUUGCCCCUAACCCACCCUGAAUUGUAUGAGGAAAUGGGUAUCAAACCUCCAAAGGGCGUGAUUUUAUAUGGAGCCCCAGGAACCGGAAAGACCUUACUUGCCAAAGCUGUUGCCAAUCAAACUAGUGCUACUUUCCUGCGUAUUGUUGGUUCAGAAUUGAUUCAAAAAUACCUGGGAGACGGACCCCGACUUUGUCGACAAAUUUUCAAGAUCGCAGCCGAUCAUGCUCCCUCCAUUGUAUUCAUUGAUGAAAUUGAUGCCAUUGGUACUAAAAGAUAUGAAUCCACAUCUGGCGGAGAAAGAGAAAUUCAAAGAACGAUGUUAGAGCUGUUGAACCAACUGGACGGUUUCGACGAUCGAGGUGACGUCAAGGUUAUCAUGGCUACCAAUAAAAUUGAAACGCUAGACCCUGCCUUAAUCAGACCAGGUCGUAUUGACCGAAAGAUAUUGUUUGAGAAUCCAGACCCAUCUACGAAGAAGAAGAUUUUAACGAUUCACACAAGUAAGAUGAACCUAGCGGAUGACGUGAAGUUGGAGGAAAUUGUUACUUCCAAGGACGACCUUUCGGGGGCCGACAUCAAAGCCAUUUGCACCGAAGCCGGAUUGUUGGCACUUAGGGAGAGACGUAUGCAAGUCAUUGCUGAAGACUUCAAACAAGCCAAGGAGAGAGUGCUCAAGAACAAGAUUGAAGAGAAUCUAGAAGGGCUAUAUUUGUAG